AUGAUAAAGCAUCUACUGGUGCAGAUUGAGGAGCUGCCCGAGGGUGGCUUCAUGGCUACCAGCGAAGACUUGCCCGACCUCAUCGCCUAUGCAGCAACCGCUUCGGAGGCUCUUGAAAAUGCCAAGGAUGUCGCGCAGAAGCUAGUCGAUUCUUAUCUGGAGCAUGGCGAUGCGCUUCCUCCAGCUUUCAGACCUUCCCACAGCACUCACAGAGAACUGAUAACAGUGGCCGUCAAUGGGUAGGUUGGCGGGAUUCACUGCCAGGCAGGUCAUUCGCAAACUUCGCAGGGCAGGCUUUGUCUUUGACCGCCAAGCCAAGGGCAGCCACGAGAUAUGGAGACAUCCCGAUACUAACCGUCGCGCAGUCGUCCCCGUUCAUCCAGGCGACCUGCCGGAGGGACUUGUGCAGAGCAUUAUACGACGGGCGGGAUUGACGACUGACGAAUUCUUGAGGCUUUAGUCGGCGAGGUUCAGCCCAGCCGUCGC